AUUAUGUAUAUUUGAUAUAUUGACGGAAUCACGAAUGUAUCCAGGUCUAGUGCGUAGCAGCGUUUAUAGACGUGAAACUUCAUAACGAAAUAAUUGUAAAAUAAAGUGUACUUUCCGUAACAAUGUUCGACCAGACAUUGUGGUAUUCAUUCAAGUAUUCACUGUUGAAUAAUUUUGAAUAUUAGUGGUCUGGUGAUGACUUUACAUUACUCUGUGACUGCACUGGCUAGCUGAGUCCGACAGUUGUGUUUCUACAAACUAUAAUAGACAUCCAACCAAGAUGAUAAUAUCCAACGGGUUUCGUAUAUUAAUCGUGGGAAUCCUCGUCAUUUAUCUCUCCGCAGCCGUAAACUCAUCAGGUCUGAGUGUAAGAGUUUCACCCAAGAAAUUAACCCAGUAUAGGAGUCAACAUGUCGUUUUUCGUUGUUUCGUUACUGGAAAUCCAGUGCCAAUAGUUUCAUGGUAUAAUGGCAAAGGAGAGAACAUGGCCAAAGAUUCUAGAGCUAAGAUUGGUAAAAUCCCAGGAGGGUAUAUUAUAAGAUUAGGUCCAGUAAUUUCCUUGUUCGAUAAUGGCACGCUGGAAUGUCGAGCUAACAAUGGGGUGGAUCCUCCUGUUACUGACGUUGCCAAUCUUCAUGUGUUGGGCAAUUUUUUUGUUCCAACAGACCCCACCCUGCCAACUGGAAUUCCCAAACCUUUAGCACGUUAUAAUCCCAAUCUUAAUGUUGACGUCGGCACAAAUCUUACCUUGCUUGUGAAUGUAAGUGGAAAUCCUGCGCCCAAGAUUACGUGGUUUAAAGAUGGAAAAUUGCUUGAUUGGAGCAAUCCCAGAUUCACUCUGUUGAAAAAUAACAGUUUAAGAAUCACCAAUGCUCAGGUCGCAGACGAAGGGGGGUAUGAUUUCAUGGCUGAAAAUGACAAAGGGCAAAUCUUCCCAAGAGCCUGGGUUGUGAUACCGAGCUAUAUUAAAACGAAACCCGGGUUCCUUCCACGGCUAAAAAACAAAGUUGUUGACCCGGAAACCGACGUUGUAUUGAACUGCUCCGCUACUGGUUAUCCUAAACCGUAUAUCCAUUGGGAGGAUAGCAAGCAUCGUAGAUUAGAGGAAAAUGGACAUCUUCUGAUUAAAAACGUAAGAAAAUCUGAAACAUAUCGAUGUAUCGCAGUGAAUGAUUUGGGUAACGCAACAAUGUCUGUCAACGUGACUCUUAGUGGAUUACCAUUCGCGCCAAAAAACGUCAGAGCCAAAUCUAAAAAAGGCUAUUCUCUCACCGUAUCCUGGCAGGAUGGUGGAUCCGGGACAACGAUUGAUUACCAUAGUAUUAAAUAUCGUAAGAAAGGUAAUUUGUAUUGGGAGAAUGUGGCUGAGAUACAAGGGAACGUGAGGGAGUACAAACUGAAUAAUUUGGAUACUUACGCUGACUAUGAAGUGCAGGUCUUUUCUCGCAAUAAUGUUGGAAGAAGCAAGGGAAGUAAAAUUGUUACCAUGAAAACUGAAGAAACUGCUCCUGGAAGCGCACCACGUUCUGUCACUGUAAAGUCGACUGAAACUGGAAGUUUUGAAGUAUCAUGGCUGCCACCCGAACAUCCAAAUGGCAGGAUCAUUUUUUAUAGAAUAUAUUACAGUGAAGAAAUUGAGAAAUCUUGGGAUAGUUGGCAAAGUACAACCGCAAUAUCUUCUCCGAAAAAGAUUAGUAGUGGUGUUAAGAAAGAUCACCGGUAUGCCGUGAGAGUAUCAUCUAGCACUGGAUCCGGGGCGGGUCCAAUAACUGAACCUUAUCUUGUUCAGUCUUUGAAGGGAGCCCCUAGCAACCCACAAGAUCUAAAAACCAAAGUUAUAUCUUCAACAAAAGUUAAGGUAACGUGGAAAAAGCCUAGUUAUGAGGGAAGUGGUCAAGGCAUUGUGGGAUAUGAUAUUUACUACAAUAAUUCCUUGGACGGACCUCGUAAAAAGCUGAGAGUUCAAUCACCGGAUGAUUUUGUCCUAGUAGUAACUGGAUUAAGAGCUGCCACGACGUAUAAAUUUGAUGCCGCUGCCAGAACUGAUGUCGGCUCUGGGCCAUCAUCAUUCCCUGUGUUUGUAACAACAUGGGAGGAUGUUCCCUCAGCUCCUCCAACCAACUUCAGUUGCAGUGCUAUUGAUGAGAGUCGUAUCCGGUGUUCAUGGCGCCCGCCGCCGCUCAAAGACAGGAAUGGCGCGAUCACUGGCUAUGAAGUCCAAUACAAAAUCGCCGACGUAGAUUCAUCAGUGAAGAAAUCUUUCAAUAAUUCAGUACUAUCCAUCACUCUUACCCACUUACAAGCAUAUACUGUCUAUCAUAUCGACGUUGUUGCGAGCACGUCAAAAGGACAAGGACCAUAUACAAGUUCUGCUGUAGUGACAACGCACGAAACAAUACCUUCUAAAACUCCUGAAAAUUUGACAGCAACAGCCAUCAAUUCGACCGCAAUAAUCGUUAAAUGGAAGGCUCCUUCUCCUCCGUUUGGUGCUAAAUUAACUGGUUACCUCUUUUUCUACCGACGGAAACCGCAAGAUCGGAAAUAUACAAGUAUUGAUAUUGCUGCAAAUAGAAAUCAUAUCGUCUUAAAUCAAUUGCUGCCUGAGCAAGACUACGAAUUCCUAAUCGCCUUAAAAUCGGUUAAAGGAAAUAGUGAAUUUACCGUUCCUGUUUUGUGCAAGACGAAGCAACCACCUCCGUUUCCACCAAUUUUAGUCUCAAAGAAACUUCCAGCUCCACAACUGGGAGUGACUCUGAAUUGGACAAGCAAAGCUCAAGCUAUUGAACAGUUUAAAUUGAGAUACGCGAAGGAGAUUGAAAAAAUUACCAAUAAGACUUUGCUUAAGAAACUAAAUUAUGUUAAGAAGAUUUUUCCAUCAUCAGUUACUACAUAUAGCGCCACUAAUUUAGAUCCCGGUGUUUGGUAUGUUUUUAAAAUAUCGGUAAGGAAUGUCGGUGGCUGGUCAACGGAACGUGAAGCGUGGCAUCGUAUGGAUGAUGCUAAACCAACAGGCCCACCCCUAAAUUUCAGAGUCCUGAAUUUCACAUCCACAUCUGUUGAACUCACGUGGGACAUGCCAGAGAAAUGGAAACGAAAUGGCAAAAUAAUUGGUUAUAAAUUGAGCUACUUACAAACCGGUUUAACAGGCUCAAAAAAAGUUAAGAAUCUUGAUGAUAGAACAAUGUUUGACUUACGAGGUUUAGCGAAAUUCACGUCAUAUCAAUUUUGGAUUCUGGCUAAAACAGUGGCUGGAGCAGGUCCUUCUACGAGGGUCGUUCACAAAACAAAGGAAGCCGCUCCAUCCGACUCACCAACUUUGACGGAGGCAAAGGGAAUGGGUACGAGAGUUGUGCGCUUGAAGUUUAGUCCUCCGUCAAUACCGAAUGGCCGUAUCAUUGGAUACAGAGUAGAAGUUUACCUCAGUAACCCAACGUAUUCAGCAGUAUGGAAGGUGAAGGAAAUACGUGAAAAUGUAAAUGAAAUGUAUGUGGACAAACUUCUCACCACCCAGUCUCGUUUUUGGUUUACUAUUACUGCGACAACUAUUGCGGGAUAUGGUCCAUUGUCUAAACCGAUUUUGGGAAAAACGCUGGAUUACGACCUUCCCUUACCAGUAAGCAAAUUUUCUGUUGACGUGGAAAGCUCAAGUGCGGUCAAGCUACAAUGGAAGAAUCCUGUGGACACAUCCGCCGUAAGCAGUUACAAGAUCUCGUAUCGUGGCGAGAAAAGCUUCAAUAACACUGAUAAGAAAAUGGUUAAAAUUGAGUUUUCUGAAAAAGUCGAGACAGUCAAAUGCUGCAGUCGAAACUCUGCCAGCUUACAGAGACUAGAACCCAAUACCAUAUAUAUCAUAACCAUCGUGUCCGUCAGUCAAUCGAGCACGAUAAGUGAAUCCCAAGAGGUGAAAAUUAAAACCAAAGUUUUUUCAUCACCGGUAUUUACUAAGCCAAACAUCUCAAAACAUGAUAUUACUGAUGAAUACAUACCAAUUUUUAUACAUCCCGCCUCGGAGAGAAACGGACCAAUCAGUUUUUACUUGAUUUAUGUUGCACGUCUUGGUAAAUCAUUAUUGGAAGCACGGGAAAAGCUGAAAACUAUCAAGAAAUCAAGGCCACGUCGCGCUAUUAAUCCCAACGAUAAUGUCUACAUUGCCGGAAAAUUAGAUGCAAGUGUUGUGCCGACCUCCUAUAAAAUUGGUCGAGGAGAGAUUAAAAAUGGUUAUACAAACGAACGAUUAACCUUGGGCAAUUUUUAUGCGUUUUCUAUCCAAUCUUGCGUGCUUGACGAAAACUCGCUUUGUCUUAAAACAUCAACAGCAUUUACUGAACCUGUCGAGUUCACAGCCGUGCAAUCAGCUCAUACUUCAGGUGCUGGUAACGAGACGCCAGCGAACAAUAUAUUGUUGAUCGCUGUAGUUGGUGGUGUUGUGGUGCUGGUCAUAGUUAUUGUGGUCAUAUGUUUUUUUUCAAGAAGCCAAGGCGUCGAGCGAAGAGAACGUAAGCCAAAUUCCCCGAAGAUCAUGAUCCAUGAGGAACAACUUCCCAUGAUGACGUCACCAUGUGAUCCGGUUGAAAUGCAGCGGUUGAAUCUGGAAACUGCAGGAAUGCGAGAACAUCCUCCAAUUCACACAUCUGAGCUUGGUUCACAUAUUGAACAAUUACGCUCCAAUAAUAAUUUCACAAGAGAGUACGAGUCAAUAGAUCCCGCCAUGACAUUCAUUUCAGAAGUAUCUGCACAUCAUUUAAAUCAAUCUAAAAAUCGUUAUCCCAACAUUGUACCAUAUGAUCAUACCAGAGUUGUUUUAGAAAAAACAAACGGAUUUCUGGAUUCAGAUUAUAUUAAUGCUAAUUACAUGGCCGGAUAUAGAAAACCUAACGCAUACAUAGCUACACAAGCCCCACUAACCAACACAAUAAAUGACUUCUGGCAAAUGAUAUGGGAACAAAAUACCCGGACAAUAGUCAUGAUGACUAAUUUACAAGAGAAGGGAAGGAUAAAAUGUGACCAAUAUUGGCCCAACCAAUCUUCCGAGAAAUUUGGGAAUAUAUCCGUUCUCGUGUUGGAGACAGUGGAGUUGGCUCAUUACACAGUUCGUACGUUUAGAUUAUACAAGGACGGUCAAACCGACAAGUGUAAGGAGAUUAAGCAGUAUCAAUAUACGGCGUGGCCAGAUCAUGGAGUGCCAUAUUAUUCAACGUCGUUAUUGUGUUUUAUAAGAAAAGUUCGUUUAGCAAAUCCACCAGACGCUGGACCAGUUGUUGUUCAUUGCAGUGCUGGUGUUGGCAGAACUGGAGUGUUUAUCGUCAUCGAUUCCAUGCUUGAACGAAUACGACGAGAACAAACCGUUGACGUGUAUGGUCACGUGACCCUCUUGCGAUCCCAGAGAAAUCACAUGGUUCAAACAGAGGAACAAUAUAUAUUUAUUCAUGAGACAUUAAUGGAGGCAGUAUUAUUUGGAAAUACUGAAAUCCAUGCCUCUGAUCUAUCACAAUAUUACAAGAAACUUAAUGAAAUUGGCGAAAACGAAACAACGGGCUUAGAGGAGCAUUUCAAGCAUUUGAGUGUAUUCACCCAUACACAUCGCUUUAUCACUGCAAUUCUUGCUGCCAACAAAUCAAAGAAUAGAUACGCAAAGAUCCUACCAUAUGAACAUUCAAGAGUUGAUCUUGUCCCAGUUCGUGGUGUUGAUGGAUCAAAUUAUAUUAAUGCUAGUUAUAUUGAUGGUUAUAAACAACGUCGAACGUAUAUUGCUGCACAAAGUCCUCUUGAAGAGACUGUCAAAGACUUUUGGCGAAUGAUUAUGGAGAAGAAGUCAAACAUCGUGGUUAUGCUUUCUGGAACGGAGGAAAAUGAAGAGGAGAUGUCUGCGAAGUACUGGCCGUGCGACCAAUCAGCCAAAUAUCAUUUCUAUAUUGUCGACCCAGUCUCCGUGGAAGAAACACCAAACUUUACUCUAAGACAGUUCAAAGUGAACGACAUGAUGAGCUCGUGUCCAAGUCUAAUCAAGUUAUUCCAGCUGCGGAAAUGGCCGGACCGCGGGAAACCUCAGAGCUAUAAAGCAAUCUUAGAUCUGAUUGGUCAGGUUCAUACAGCGCGGAAUAAUGAUGAAACCAGAGGCCCUGUUGUUGUUCAUUGCAGUUCUGGCUCUGGACGCUCUGGCGUGUUCUGUGCCCUCAGUAUUGUCGUAGAGCGCAUGCGCGCUGAAGGUGUUGUAGAUUUGCUGCAAACUGCCAGACAGCUUCGUGAACAACGACCUCAAAUGGUGGAAACUUUGGAAGAAUACGCAUUUUGUUAUGAGGCUGCUUUACAGUACCUAUCAUCGUUUGAUCAUAUUACGGCAUAAUGUCAAUAUACGGAAGAAUAAUCUAUGGAAUUGUGUUUAAGGUGAAUCACCUAGCCGGAACAAUUAGAUGCUUUAGCAAAAUAUGUAAGAAUAAAAAUUAUUUCUCUGACAUUCCUCAUACAUACGUUAGAAAAGCUUAAUAAUCAUUUUUAUGUAAAUAAAUUGCUUUUUAAAAUGCUUAAAUGUUGGGUUACCGAUGACCAUAUUAAAUAUAAUAUAUAAGGGUCAAUGCAAAUCAAUGCAUGUUUUAAA